AUGGAACUAACAGACAGUCAAAACAUAUCGUUACAUGACGCACUUACCUUCGUACUUCGUUUUGAGGGAGACUCGGAUGAAUUGAUAGAUUUUAUUAGUUGUUGUCAAGAUGCGAAACAAAUUAUGCCAGAGGCUGCAGAAGCGAAUCUCGCAAAAUUAAUUUACCUCGCGAAAUUAAGUAGCAACGUUAAACUAUCGCUAAAUCACGUCAUACCUAUUACGAUUGAAGGUCUAGUUAAAGCUUUGAAAAGAAUUUACGUUUCGUCAAAGUCAAUUUAUCAGCUACAAGGCGAGUUAGGUUGUACGUAUCAACAAACAGACGAACCGGUUAUAGAUUUCUUAAAUCGAAUAAGAAGAAAAAGUAGAGAAAUAAUAGAAUGUCAUUCAGGCAAUUAUUCGAAUUUGAGCGCGGAAGCAAUUUUGAAUUUUAGAACAACGGUAGAUACUGCAAUUUUAGAAGUUUUUACACAAAAUUUAAAUAAUGAAAUUGACGAGCGAAUGCCGAUUUGUACUAAUAUCGAAGAAGCUUUAACCAACGCGAUUAGAAUAGAAAGAAAAUUAAAAAUACGUCGAGAAAUUGGAAACAGAACAAAGACAUCGAAAGUUAAAAGUAGAACGAUAGAGAAUUUUGAAAAUUUUACAAAUACUACCGAAGCCUGUCAGAUUUGUGAUAAUAUAGGGCAUACCGCGAAAGAAUGCCCACAAAUCAUUCAAUCGGAUAUUCAUCGCGAAAUAGUCAAUUCUGGAAAGGUAACACCCUUAUCAGAUAAAAUUCGAGAAUUUGACUCCGAAACUGGCUACGAGACGUCCACCAGUGAGUCAGGAAAAUCGGUAGACAAUUUAGAAAUACAGAAAGAACAGGUAAUAGAUCGUUUCACAGAACCUGCAGCAGAAACUCAGAAUACUUCUCUGCAGGAAAAGGAACCUGUAAUAGAAGUCCGGAACACUUCUAUACAGGAUGCUGUGGAUGCCCCUAAAACAAGGAGGGGUAGACCACGUAGGCAUCGGGUGAAAUUCAAAGAAAGGAGGCUCAGCCCACACGAGGUGACCCCUUUAUUGGACCCCGAUACAAAUUCGGAACUUGACUCCGCAAUUGGAGAAGAUACCUCCAGCGAGUCAGAUGGCUCGAUUAAAGAUCUAUUACAGUGUAUAGACGACAAUACAGUUCAGGUUUUUAACAGUAAUAGACAGCCUGACGACGAAGGCUUACGAAUACAGAAGUUAAGCGACACUUGA